GGCCCUGGUUGACCACAGCAAGGCUCUGAAAGCACAACAAGAGCGUUUGACGGUCCACGACAACAAGACUGGUCAGCUGCACGUGCAGCUGUCGUGUGGAAAUUACAUCAUCACUGGACACCCGCCUGUCUCUGUGGAAUGGACGUUCCCUUCUGGUGAAACACAACUUGUUUCAACGCACAUCAACGGCAAGUUUUUUCUGACCUUGCCCAACCCCGUGGAGGGAGGUAACUACACGUGUCGCCUGUCCUCGAAGUUACCGCCCGUGUCGUGCCUACCCCACAAUGACAGUGUGUUUGCAGUCUCUUCGGUGUCUAUAGACGAGGUGAAAGCGAGGCUGUCACUGCUGGAAGGCGAACGAAAGAUAAUGACUGAUAAUAUAAAGAUUCUGAACUCUCAACAGAGAAAUGCCCGAAAGCUUUGGUCCAAGAAGGUCAUGUUUGACGCCAGUGGAAGUGAAAGCAAUGUAUAUAUUGAUUCUGGAGAUCCCGUGGUGUUUGAUCAAGUGAGAAGAAAUGAAGGAAAUGCUUACAAUCCAGCUACAGGAGUGUUUACUGCCCCUUUUAAUGGGACUUAUUUCUUUGUGCUCACCGCAGCCGCAUACCAACACUAUAGCUCAGUCUUAUUAUCUUUAGGUGACAAUGGCUCGACAUUCUGUCAAGUGGAAACUACAAAUACUGCAAAAAGCUGUGUAGCCACAGUGUACCGAGCAAAGGGUCAACAGGUGUGGGUGAGGAGUUCUAGAAGCUCUCAUUUAAAUUUUCGUUUCAGUUCUUUCGUUGGCUUUUCCUUGCACCUUGACAUCCCAUAACAAAAAUUUGGCUCUAUUUUUCCCCCUCCCCUUAAAUUGUUUUCAUGAACCACAAUGUUUAAAGUUCAUAAUUUUACACACACACACACAC